AUGGCUCCUUCGGCUAUCACACCUCCGGUCCUAACGCCAACAUCUCUCACAUUCCCAACAUCAAGCAACACAUCUGGUGCGGUGGAUGGUACCCCAAACUUCCACGGAUAUGAUCACAUCACUUGGUAUGUGGGAAAUGCAAAGCAAGCUGCUUCGUUCUAUACCACUCGGAUGGGUUUCAAGACUAUCGCAUACAAAGGUCUCGAAACAGGAAGCCGGUAUAUUGCUUCGCAUGUCGUUGCAAAUGGCGCCAUCAGAUUUGUUCUCACAUCCCCAAUCAAGUCAUACACCAGCAUCGAUGGUGACGAACCAAUAUCAUCCGAAGAUCGAAGUCUCCUCAAGGAGAUCUAUGAACAUCUAGAGAAGCAUGGCGAUGCAGUCAAGGAUGUUUCAUUCGAGGUCGAUAAUGUUGAGGGUGUUUACAAGCAAGCAGUUGACCAAGGUGCUGAAUCUGUUCAGGCUACACGCACCAGAUCGGAUGAGUUCGGCUCUGUCACAACAGCAAUCAUUAAGACAUACGGCGACACUACACAUACCAUGAUCUCUCGCGGCAAUUACUCAGGUGUUUUCCUCCCAGGAUACAAGGCUAUUGCAGCCAACAAGGUUGAUCCUCUUCAAUCUAUCCUUCCUUCAGUGACUCUUGAAGCAAUUGAUCACUGUGUCGGUAACCAAGACUGGGGCAAGAUGGUGGAAGCUUGUGACUUCUAUGAGAAAUGCCUUUCGUUCCACCGCUUCUGGUCCGUUGACGACGCCCAGAUCUGCACCGAAUUCUCAGCUCUAAACUCAAUUGUCAUGGCAUCGCCCAAUAACGUCGUCAAGAUGCCCUUGAAUGAACCGGCCCCGGGAAAGAAGAAGAGUCAGAUCGAGGAGUACGUUGACUUUUAUGGAGGUGCUGGAGUUCAACAUAUUGCGCUCCGAACUACUGAUAUCAUUGCCGCCGUUUCCAACCUCCGAGCUCGUGGUGUUGAGUUCAUCAACGUCCCAGAGACUUACUACACGGCCAUGCGUCUCCGACUAAAGACUGAUAAGACAAACUGGAAAUUGCAAGAGGAUUUUGAUACGAUCCAAAAACUCAACAUUUUGAUUGAUUUCGAUGAGGGCGGAUAUCUGCUCCAACUCUUCACCAAGCCACUCAUGGAUCGUCCCACCGUCUUCAUUGAGAUCAUCCAGCGCAACGACUUUAACGGUUUUGGUGCCGGCAACUUCAAGAGUCUCUUUGAGGCUAUUGAGAGAGAGCAAGCUGCGCGUGGAAAUUUGUGA